GUUAGAUUCCUCUGGUCAUCCGGGGUCUCAACGAAUGGGUUACUGCUCUCCUCAGCCAACAUGCCCACGACGAUCGGACGUGGGGACACCUUUCAUGUGGCCGAUGGAUUGCCCAGAACCACGGUAAUACUUUGCUUCUAUCCGUAUUCAUUGCAUCUUGUACCUGUCUGUAACAUCUUCGAUUUUCAGGUUUACCUAAGGGCUCGGUGGAUCCAAGGCCGGAGUCAGCAGCUAAGCCCGCAACGUCGGUACCCGAGUUCAAUUCAGCGGGUGCAUCUCGUAUCCUUGCUGCCGCCGCCAAGAGAAAAAGGCCCUCGGCCAAAGGGCAGAAAUCGAAGAAAAGGGCGAGGAGUCUCAUUAGGACUUUAAGGGAUGAAGCAGAGCCCGAGCUCCUCGUUCGGAGGAUUAGUGUUGCCCCUUCCGUGGCUUUCAUUCCGGAGGGGGGCAUUACCGUUUCACCACCUCAUUCAGCUGGGGAAGGACCUUCAGCUCCGGCAUAAUACACAGGUGAGAAAGAAAUUCAUUACCCGACUCCUCUAAGGUCGAUUGAAUUCAUUGAUAUUUCAGGCGAUGUUUCUUCCGAAGAAACACCUCUGCAAAGGACAAGAAGACCUGGGGAGGCACCCGCUGCCGAAGCCGGUCAAAGGACUGAGCUGGUCCCGGAGACCGAAGUCCCUAUUGAUGUUCAUCUGAUGCCCGACCAUGAGGCUGCUGCAACUUUGGAGAUCCCUGCCUUUGCCGAAGCUGCUGAAGUCCUUCUGAGUUCUCCAGCCCCGGCUUCAAGAUCGGAUGAGUUUGAAGACAUGUUUUCGGACACCCCUCUUGCUACCGGCGAAGCUUCCGGUUUCGGACAUCUCCCGAUCCCUUUAGCCACGGGGGCGGCUAGUCGGACCACCGAGUCUGGUGCUAAGGAUAGCUUGGUCCGCACCUUUUCGGCCCCUAGUGUGGAACCGAGGAGGACAAGAUCGGUUGUGAUCACCGUUCCCGAGGAUUGCAGUUUUAUUUCUCGCCCGGUGGGUGUGGCAAGCUACCUGAGGCCCCUUGUCUCGGACUCGGACAAACAAAAGAUGAACGGAUCCCCUGGCAGUGCCUCAUUAACGAAGGUAUGCACGCGGGCAAUCGAAGUGUGGUGCUUGUCAACGAAGCCUUUGUCCGUGCUCAGCAAGAGGUGGACGAUCUUAAGGGCCAACUGGAUGCCCAAGACCGAGAGACGGAGAAAUUUCAGCACCUUCUGCGGGUGAAGGAGGAUAAGUUGAACCAAGCAGUUACUCUUUCCAACCUCCAACCCAAGCUCGAUGCAACAAAGGCUGAAAACCGUCGAUUAAAGGGUGAGCUGGCCGAGAUGAUCGAAUAUAACCGGAGUCUCGAAGCAGACAAGAUCGGCCUUAGCCGAGAUAACACUCGUCUUUCUUCAAAGCUUGGUGAGCUCAAAACCACCAUCUCUCAACUCCGGGAGGAGCUGGACUCUGUCAAGUCCGAAGCUAUGAGCAUGGCCGAGAGGCAUCGGUUACUCGAAUAUGAAAGUGCCCGGUAUAAAGACCGUAUGAGAGUGUUUGAGGAGAAGGCGGAGAAGAGGGCCCAGAUAUGUGAUGAUCUAAAAACCGAGCUCGAAGAGACGGUUGAUGCUAAUGACACUCUCAAGGUAGAGCGCGAGUCGGCCACCCAAAUGCAAAAUGUACUCAAAGAGGCUCGGGAUAUUCUGGCGGCAAAGCUUGCCCAGGCCGAGGCCGAUUUGGAAGAAGCUCUAAAGAGCGUGGAGGCCGCCGAGGCUCAUGCCACUCUUUCUGCUGAGUAUGAAAAGUGGAAGUCUCGGAGGAUCACCCUUGAGCAAGCCGAGCAUGGCUUUGCGGAUCUUUCGGCCCUAAUACUCGAGGCUAAAAGAGUCGAGGAAGAGGCUAAGGCUGCCCUCGGGGCUGACUCCGACGACUCCGAGCGGACAGUGUCCGAACACUCCGGAUCUAGCCAUACCGGAUAGAUCAGGGCCUGUACUUAGCCUUUUAUUUUUUACCUUUGUAGGAGUCUCCGAUGUAACAUCUUUUGUAUAAACAAAACAUGCAUUUUUCUU